UAUAAAUAACUUCAUUCUUCUGAGAAAUUCAAUUAGUAGUAAUUCUGAAAUCAUGCUGGUCAAGUUGGCUGUCCUUUGCCUAACGGCUACCGUGUGUUGGGCCGGCUUUGGCACAUGUCCAACACCCAAAACCCAGUCUGGAUUCGAUCUGGAUAAGUUUAUGGGAACAUGGUAUGAGCUAGAAGCAACUCCUGGCAAGGAUAGUCUUACGAAAUGUUCUACUUAUGUUUUGGAGAAGAAAGAAAAACGAAAGGCUGCUCUUCUUCAUAAGUACAUUUCUGCAGUGACCGGCAAAGUUAAAUCAUCAUUUUCUGAAGUAAGCACUCCUAAGAGUUCGGAGCCAGCACAGCUCUUGGUGUCGCCUCUUAAAGGAACAAUUAUGUCAAGAAAAUGGAAUUUGUGGGUCGUCGACACCGAUUAUGAAACUUAUGCUAUCACUUACACCUGUCAUCAAGUAUUACUUAAUUUUUAUGAGGAAGCACGCAUUUUGUCCCGUACAAAAACUCUAGAUGACAAGAAAAAAAUGGAGAUUUAUGCGAUUAUGAACAAGAAUAAUCUUCCACAAAAGAGCCUUAUAGAGAUUGACCAGACACACAAGGACUGUUCGAAAGUCGACAACUGACCCUCCAAAUAAAGAAAUGAAACUUUUUUUAGAUUCAUGCUUAAUAAACAAUAUUGUAAACAUACGCUGUGUUUUCCUUUCGUUCUCACUAAAAGUUGAAUUAUAUCGUUUUCAAUAAAGGUGCUUUAUUAAAAAAA